AUGGAUCCCAAAGACAUUGCCGCCCUUGCCGAAGAGAUUUCCAAGGAAUCCGAACUGCUAGUUCAGCUGUUGAGAAACUCCCAAGCCGAUGGUUUGUCCCAUGAUGCCCGCCACCUCGACACACAGCUCUGGAAUCAUCUCCCACGUGGAUCUGACAUUGAGCUCAGCCAGUCCAAGCUUCUUGGUCUCACCGAGAGGCUGGAUCGAACUCUGAGAGGGCCGCAGGAUGUUUUGCACGAGUUUGUCGCGUCCAACUGGGACAGAGGCGCCUUGUACUGCCUCCUUGAGCACAACGUUCUGGAACUGCUGCCACGCGACGGAGCUGUGCCUUUGGCAGAGCUAGCUGAAAGGACUACCAUUUCAGCUGGCAAGCUACUACCAAUACUGAGACUUGCAACAUGCGGAGGGAUCAUUCAGGAACCUGUAGCGGAGGUCUUUCAACAUGGUGCCAUCUCCCAAGAGCUGAUAACCGAUCCCGGGCUGAAGGCAUUCAUCGGGUUUCAGUUGUAUGAGACCCGUGUAGCAUCCGCUCAUCUUGCCGAUUCGUUGAAGAAACCGAAUCCGUUCUGGACGGGGCAAUCUGCCUUCAAAUACGCUCACCCUGAAAAGGGGCUUCGGUUCGGAAUGGCAAUGGAUAGCGUCACAAAGUCAUUGGACCCAGGUAAUCAGCUCCUCAAGGACUGGUUCUCUCGCAACAUCGAGGGCAGUGACAGUUCACAACGCGCCUUUAGUGACAUCACUCGGUUUCCAAUGCAGACUCCCCAUUUCCUGGCUGAAACAUAUCCCUCAGUUUUGUUCGAGGUUCAAAAGUUUCCAACAGACGUCAGUCUCUUCACAGUCGAGGAAAACAGGAGUACUCGGGGCCACAUCUACACUCUCAACUCAAUUCUAUGGAAUCUCCCAGACGAGGAUUGCAUCGCAGUCGUGCGAGUUUUCCAAGAGCCUUUGGAGAAAUCGCCAAAAUCUGUCCUCCUGAUUAAUGAGCUCAUGUCCCCUCCUCCGGGCACAUUUGCACCGCAUGCAGAAAGGGCGUAUCGCAGGAGAGAUGUGACAGUCAUGGCCAUGCACAAUGCAAAGCUAAGGACUGAAAAGGAAUGGCGACACAUAUUUUAUAUGGCCAGCCCAAACUUCAAGGUGUGUGAAAGCCCUUAG